GACUCACUUGCCUGUGUAUUAGCUCAUCAGCUAACUAACUUUGGUGUUUUAAUUAAUAAAACGCUCUUACAACUAAUAAAUGACCAAACGGACCGAGGGGGAUUUUCGUUCUGCUGGGUGAACGUGAUUAAUAUAUGUGUUGUGCUAGUUUGUUAGUUACCAGUACCAUUAGCACUGCUGCAGUAUUACGUUAGCUGAUAGUUCUGUAUAACCGUCAUUGUGAGUCAGUGGUUAUGAAUCAUCUUUUGUUCGCUUGGAAUUCGAUAGAAUAAAGCAGCCUUCAUAUUUCAAUCUUUUUCAUAUCUCAGUUUGAAAACAUGUUCAGGAACGAUUUUCAGGGUGGCCUCACGGUUGACAUCUUCAGCGCGCAAGGAAAAGAUCCUGUGGCAAAAUGGAAACUAUAUGGCAGGAAAUCUUCAAUAACUAAAGUUUUUGAUAAAGAAAUGAAGGGUUUUGUAUACAUUCUUGAAGGCAGCAGUCAAACACACAAGAUGCAGUUACCUAAGGAUAGCAAGAUGACUCUUGGUCUGAUUCAGAAGUUUCUGAUUCUACAGGUCAACGUUCCUUUGGGAAAAGAUUUUUCCACUGAGUUUUUGGUGACUGAUGAAGAGCAUCUUAAGAAGAGACUCUACCUGUCUACAGUGCAUAAAGAGCUCUCAGCAACCCCUUUGCAUGCGAGAAUACCUCUGACAUGCCUCAAACGCGAUACUUGGUGUAAUCUGUGUAUCGAUCUGGACUCUCUCACCGCUGAGAUAUUCAGAGGGACGCGCUUCCUGUCUCUGGAUGGCAUCAUCAUCUCCGCCUGCUGUAAGGUUCGCCGCAUCUUCACGAUGAAGAAUGAGCCUGCUGACUGCAUGGAUGGAGGUUUAGAAAUAAGCAAUGGUCCAAAAGAAGAGAUUCCAAGGAACUGUCAGUUUCCUAGUGAAGUUCAGCACGUUGUCCAGCUGGUGAACAUGAAGACACUGGGACAGAUUGGACCUGCAAACUCAGAUGCCGAGGAGACAGGUGGUGUCAAAGCAUCCAUCACAAGGGGUCCUACACCACGGGACUCCUCCCAUAUUGCUUUCGGGUCAAAAGUUAUCGGACCCCCUCCGCUUACCGCCAGGAAGAGCAGCACAUCUGCAAACAGGAAAGAAGAACGAGCUAAGUCUGAACUGAGCCUCAACAUACUGUCAGGCAGAACUGAAAAUGUGCAGCCACGACCACCACUUGAAAGGCCAUCCGCUGAGAAAAUGGGCUCUAGGAGACCACAGAGAAUCCAAAAUGUGAGGAGAGAAAAAUCAAACACAGAUAAAGAAGGUGGCAAAAUUAGCCUGAACCCAGAGGGACCUGAGCUUCAAGGAAAAAUUGCAUUAUUCUCACUUCAAACUCUGGGCUCUGACUUACCAGUAGAAGAUAAAUUAACCGAUCCAAUUCUACGAGACUGUGCUUCUAGUGCGGAUACAUCUCGGUCAGCCUUCAAGCCUCCAUGUGCUGCUUCACCUCCAAAGUGUGUGCUGACUACAGAUGAUGCUGACCUUUGUGACACAGAAACGGAGUUCUCUCUCUGCGACGAGGAAUACGAAGAGGAAGUCUUCACUUUCUCCUCAUGCCCUCACUCAGCCAGACGGAAUCAGGCUAGUAGCAACCCUGUUGAGGAUUUGACCUUUGGCCUUAAAGGUCACAAGCUGGUAACUGAUGGGGAGCGCAAAGAUGCUCGUCUAGAGGAUGAUUUUGUCGGUAGUGAAAGUGAAGAGGAUGAGAUGCAUACCGAGUUCCUUCAUAGAUGUGCAGUCCAUUCCAUUACCGCUCCCCCGCCACCUCCUUCAAUACAAAAAUACACAGUCCUACCCAAGUUCUCUUCUGAGCCAAUUAAGACUCAGGCCUCCACAGUCCGGCAUGUCUCUGAAGGACCAAAGAGGCAUGAACCCAUGCGAAUAGCGCCAACCCGCUGCCUCUCACCCAGUACCAGACAAGGGAGUAGGCUGGAUCGCUCCGAAGCUGGCAGAGCAUUGCCUGACGGAGAUACCAGGAUAUCUAUCAACAGAGCAUCUGUGCGAGAGAUUUCACUGAAGAAUUCUGGCCUCCAAAAGAAGAAAGAAAUCAUUCAGGUUUGGAAUGACAUCCAGGUGAGUGUCGAUGAGAGGGUGCAACCUUUGGGCUCCAGCAGGUGUGAUCUGAGGAGAAGUCAAGACGAAGAGGAUGAGGAAGAUGAGCUGCGAAUGUUGGCCAUUUUGAAGAGGGAGCAGGAGGAAGGAGACGGAGACAUGGGCGGCCCAGGCCUUAGUGCAUCACAAGUUCACCACUGCAACAUAAGCCUGAGUGCAAGCAGCGAUGACACCUCAACCUGGACUCAGUGUAUUCCUCUGCCAGUGGAUCAAGGCCAGCACUAUCAGACGGAAAUGAACCCUCUUCUUCACUCUAAUCCCAGAGAAUGGAUGGAUGUACUCAGCCCUCCGAUAGUUCAUCCAAAUCAACAGAUGGCAGAUGGGAAAGGAGACCACGGCAAGGUCUCACCCAGAGGAUCUACAUUACCCAACGACAGCAGAGAGGAAGAGUUCCUUAAUUUAAUGUAUGAUCCCUGCCUCAACUGUUACUUUGAUCCACAAUCUGGGAAAUAUUACGAACUGCUAUGAUCCCAAGAUGAGCUACAACUACAACCAUGUUGUUCAAUACUGCCAUUUAUAUGUAUGGAUUAGUUGAAGCAUGUUAUCCUUCAUAAGUGUAUUUUUUGUAUCUGUUUUUAAUAUAAUAUUAGUUUUAGCAAUAAAUUCAGCUUAUUACAGAAUAGGUUUUC